CAACUGGUCAACCAACACUUCCUCGCCCUCAGUCCAUCUCGACAAGAUGGGUCUCCUCACCAUCAUUCGCAAGUCCAAUCACAAAGAGCGCCAAUUACGAAUUCUAUUCCUCGGUCUAGACAACAGCGGCAAGUCGACAAUCGUCAAGCGACUCCUCAACGCACCAGACUGGCAGGAGCAGAGCCCUACCCUGGGAUUCGAGAUUCAUUCUUUGCCCUUUGACCUUGCACAUGGCAACGACGAGACCGCAAAGUCGCAGCAGGCAGUCAGAAGGGGCAGACAAUUCACCCUCAACCUCUGGGACAUAGGUGGGCAGCGAACGCUCCGCCCAUACUGGCGCAAUUACUUUGAGCGCACCGACGGCCUCGUCUGGGUAGUCGACUCACAUGAUGCUGCUCGCCUUGCCGAGUGUCGCGAGGAGCUCUGGUCCCUCGUCGUAGCUGAAGAGCGUCUGGCCUCAGCCUCUCUGCUCGUUCUGGCGAACAAGCAAGAUGUUCCGGGAGCAAAAGGGCUGGAAGAAGUGAGGAGGACGCUGCGCCUUGAUGAGCUGGCCAAGCAGAGGGGAGCAACUGUCAAAGUCAUGGCUUGUUCUGCCGUGCGGGGUGACGGCUAUAACGAGGGGAUGAAGUGGCUGGUUGGCGACUGUGAGAGGAGACUGUAUUGGGGCAGCUCGACGAUGCAAGGUACCGUCGCUGUCAAGGCCGUCAACGACGAGGCAGGCAACACUGCACCGACGAUUGCAGCAGCGUAACGGGCCGACAGCUACAACAUGGUGACUUGAUCUUCGAUUAGAGGCAGCCGGGAGACAGCACGCCAUAUGGACACAUCAUAAAAUACCAGUACAUGGGCAAUUGGGUCUGUCUGCAGCUACCUCGCUGCUCCCGUCAGUCGGCGCCAGGCCGAAUGGACAAAGCAGAGCAGGCCUUCCCCGCUCUCGCUACUCUCAGCUUCAGUGGACUGCUUCUCAGACCCUUCGUCUCCCCCGUCCUCCGCAGCAUCGCCCAACUUUAGCGCCGGCAUUCCCACCACACCCGCAACUCCUAGUACAGCAAGCGCCGUCGCUGCGAUCAGCAUGAUCCUCCACACCUUAUCGUAGGCGUCC